AUAAUCUGCUGGUGCAGAUCUGCUGCAGCCACACCCUGUGCUUCUCAGGGUCCCUGGGUCCUGUUGCAGUUAACAUGUAACCCUUCUCUAACCUAAAUAACCCUGGAAAGUGGUGACUGUGAAAGGCGUUACUGAAUGCAAAAUGGAUUUUCUUCCCUGCUCUUUGGGAGGAAGCUGGCUCAGGGAUUCUGAGCUGCAGAGGGAGGGGCUGGCAGGCCCAGAUCACAGUUGGACUUAGCAGCCAGGGGUUUUCUGGUUUUCAUUAAAAUUCUCUGGCUGUCUUUCGAGAUUGCUCCAUUGGAUAUGACUGUGCAUGGGAGCUGUUUAUAUGCUCUUCUCCCAGCUAAACACACCCAUCAAAUCUGGGACAAGAGAAUAUUGAAGCUGUGUAAAUGAGUAUGGAAGAUUAUGAUUUCCUGUUCAAAAUUGUUUUAAUUGGCAACGCUGGUGUGGGGAAGACGUGCCUAGUCCGACGGUUCACUCAGGGUCUUUUCCCCCCAGGUCAAGGAGCAACAAUUGGAGUUGAUUUUAUGAUUAAGACAGUGGAGAUUAAUGGUGAAAAAGUAAAGCUCCAGAUCUGGGACACUGCAGGUCAGGAGAGAUUUCGUUCUAUUACACAGAGUUAUUACCGAAGCGCUAAUGCCUUGAUCCUUACCUAUGACAUUACCUGUGAGGAAUCCUUCCGUUGCCUUCCUGAGUGGCUGCGGGAGAUAGAACAAUAUGCCAGCAACAAGGUCAUCACUGUGUUAGUGGGAAACAAGAUUGACCUGGCUGAAAGGAGAGAGGUCUCCCAGCAGAGAGCAGAAGAAUUCUCAGAAGCUCAGGACAUGUAUUAUCUGGAGACUUCAGCCAAGGAAUCUGAUAAUGUGGAGAAACUCUUCCUUGACUUAGCAUGCCGACUUAUCAGCGAAGCCAGACAGAACACACUGGUGAACAAUGUAUCUUCACCCCUCCCUGGAGAAGGGAAAAGCAUCAGCUAUUUGACUUGUUGUAAUUUCAACUAACAGCUGAGGCAAGGAGAAGCAAAAGGAAUCAGCAGCUGCCCCGAUGGGCCACGAGUUGCUGGGGAGAUCAGACGAUGACUGUGGCUCCUGCUCUGGGACCCUCUGACUCCUGUGGGCUCCUGAGCUUACAAAGCAUGGCAGGCCAAGGGCCUCGUCCACAGGCCAGCAUUAGCAGAACACAUAAUGGUUUCAUCCUUUUGCAGUCUGGAGUUAGAGUGAGAAGAAAAUUGCACUAGGCGCUCCAUGAUCUGCAGAGCAUGUUGCUUUUGUUUUUUUUAAAAAGCAAGUAAAAGCGCAUUCCUGAACACAGUCCAGGGGGAAGCGUACUGUAGGGAUUCCUCCUGCACAUCAGUAAGCGCGUGUGGGGGCUGUUCUCUAGGGCUUCAAUGAUGAUAUUCUGGUGGCCCUGGUUUUCUUGUCUGCCAGGUAAACCAAAACUGGGAAGGCCAAGUACUCUCUGUGGUGUAUAAUGAUGACCCCAUGGAGAUUCUGAAAAGUGUUAUUUCUUUUGUCCACAGGCACUUUCAAGAACUUUCGGAUGUAAAAAUUAUAUGAAACCUUUACCCAUGACCAACAAAAACAAUCAUUGUUUUAAUUAUAUAUAAGCUCCAUGACUCCUUUUGGUGCUAAUGAUUCUGCUAUUUCACAGACCAAACAUUUUAGUACAUUGAUGUCCUUAAAUGUAUUACACAGAAAUAAAAAAAAAAAAUGGGGGAAUUCCAUGAAUCGGCACUCUUUUUCAAAGUCUCAUUACUAUCUUUUCUAGAAUGAAUUUCUAGGAAGAGAAUACUUUUUCUUUCAUGUUCCCCUUCAAAUCUCUAAAUUUUCUUCUCUAAUCUUUCCUGCCCUUUAAGUAAAAGUUUGAAAAUUAAAAAAGUAUAAAUGACUGAUGAUAUUCUACUAUAAAAGAUUAGUUCUUAGACAUUACUAAUAGUGUGAGAAAACAGACAAGAUAUGACCAAAAUACUGUGGAUUAAUGGACUGCAGAACAGGAUUCCAAGCAGAGCACAGUCCUUGAUAACAGGUCACAUCUUUUACUUUCUGGUACUAUCCUUCUUGGACAAACCAAGGCUUAGGAUUUUUGUAGAUAUUUUUAGCAAAAGUACGAGUAGCAACAGAUGAAAAGCCUCACAAAUCAUUUUUGUAUCUUCAAUAACCUUAAAAAAAUUCUGCUGUGGAAGCAGGUUGAGCUGUCAUUUAUCAUCUCUUUAUAAUAAGGUUACUCUCCGACUCAUGAAACUUCCUGUUUCUUUCUCUUUUCCUCUCUGUCUUGGUCUCCCUUUUGGUCCUCUUUUUCUCCCUUCCUGAUAUGCAUGUGUUACUCCUCCAAUUCAAAGGAGGUAUAUAUGCCUUUACUUAGCCAGUUUUAAAAGAGGACUCAAAAUGCAAGAUGUGCUGCUCAAUCUGUGUUGCUGUUUCUUCAGUGCCAUACUUUGAUACUUUCCAAUUUGUUCACUGAUAUAAAUGCAAAUUGGGAAAGUAAUUAAACCUGAAUGCUAUUGAUGCUGUCAGAUGUUUCUGUAGCUUGCUGCUUAGCAUACCUGAUUGAUGCUAAGUAAUGGAAUAAGGGUAUGAUAUGUAAUUCUGCUGUUGCUGGAGAUGGUGACAAUCUCGGUCCUGAUAUGUUGAUGUUUGAAAGCUAUUUAAUUAUAAAGAAAUGAGUCAUGUAGAACACAGUAUUGAUAAAGCAUUUUUAGCAUUUCUGUAUCAGGUUUCAGCAUGACCAAUCUCUUGCACAUGGAAUUACAUAUAUCAUUAAGAGACUGAUUCUUCUGAUUGGCCUCACUGUGUUUUUCAUGAUUCUAUGGGAAAGAAAAGCAGAUCCCAGAAGCUUGAACUUUAUUUUAGAAUCUGUCUCUACAGAAGAAAAAAAAAACUUUAAUAAAAACCCAAAUAAUUUAUAAUUAUUGCCUUUCCCUCCUCAUCUUUUCCACUAAGUCAGCAAUUAAAGUAUCAAAAAAUAAGUUAAUCAAGGUGGGCAGAACCUGUUUUUUAAACUGCAAGAUAAUGUUCCUAAAUCUGGAUUUAUUACUUUUUUGUUGGCACAAUUCCAAUGUCCCCAGCAUAUGAUGACCCAGCUUCAUCUCACAGUAGCAAGUAUGUUAGAAAUAAAGUUGCUUUGCAAACUUAAAGGGCUUUGUUGGAUUGGACUAAUUUAGUUCCAAAAUGACAGCUUCUUGGGCCAUAUUUGUAUUAUGGAAAUCUUAUUCCCUAGGGUUUAACCCUCUCCAUAUACCUUUGGUCAGACUCAGAAUGAGAUUAGAGUGUUUUCUUGGCCUUUUUUCUUUCUUGGUACCUUCUAGUCUUCUGUAGCUUAUAGUCACCCAUCCAUGGCCUGUCAACAGGGACACAUGAGAAUGUGGGGCUUUGUUUUUCUUAGUUCUGUGAAUUUCAGAUUAGGCCUUAUGGACAUUUGUCCACCAAUGUAUCUCAAGUUUGAGAAUAAGCUCUGACAGGUGCAAUAAAUAUCAAAUAAAUGAUUUAGUGCUCUGAGGGACUUUUUUGUUGUUGUUCAAUAACUACUCCUUCAAGUAGAACUUGAGAAAAAUACAAUUAAAUGAAGUCAUCUUAACUUAGGCCAGGACUUAAACUUACUGGUUUGCCUAAUUGUUCUUAUUGUUAGGGCAAUAUUUGCUGAGAUGAGCCUUCCUUAGGGGAAAAAAAUCAAAUUCUUAUUUAAUAGUAGAUUUAAAAAACAAAAAACAAAAAAAGUUUCUUUAUUGUUGUUUAGUUUGGCUUGACUCUGACAAAUAAGACCAGAGUCCAUGCCUUUCAUUGUUGGUAAGAUCUUUUCCUUCUUUUAAUAAAGUUUUUAAAUAUAUAGCAAAACUCUUUUUAGCUUCCAAUGAAAACAUCUUCAUGUUAUAGAAUUAGACUUGGGAAAAUCUAUGAAAUCAUAAUUUGCUGUUAUCAAUGACAUGGCUUUGUAUAAAUAAAUCCUCAAAGGAU